AUGAGGCCGAUCCCAAAAAACACCAAAAAGCCGUUGGACGCAUCGAUGCCGACAUCACAACGAGACGACCGGGACCCGCCUUCGCCUCCAGCCGCAGCGAUGAGCGCCGACGGCGUCAUCACCGGCCGCAGGCCCUACCGGUUCCUCGACGAGACGUCCGCGUGGAACGGCGCCGUGCGACUCUCCGCGUUCGUCGUCCUCCCGCUCCUGUGCCUCGUGGGCGGCAUCCUCAUGAUCUCCUACGAGACGGGGUGGGCCAACCACGAGGACAGGGACUCGCGAGACAUGGCGUGGGACUACCGCGUCACCGCGCCGGGAUCCAACAACUUCCACGGCGCGUACUUCCGCAGGGCGCACUGGAACACGUUCAGGGCCAUCGAGGCCCCCGCGACGGUGUACACCGAGGUGGUGCUCGCCGCCGUGGACCGACCGACGAUGCUGGCGCUCCAUCCCACCGGCGCGUGCGAACGAACCGUGCAGGUGGCGUGCCUCGCGACCAAACCCGCGCACCGAGCCGCCUCCGCCGGGCCCCUCAACCUCGGCACAGACGACGGGUCGUGGGCGGUGGGCGACGGACGCGUCCUCACGCGGUCCUCUGGGGUCACCUCCCUCGCCGCCGUUAAUACCCCGGAACCGGCAGCGUACGCCACACACGCCGAACUCGCCUCGUUCUACUUGACGAGGUACGCCGAACUUCACGAGAUGCGUCAGCGCGUGUGCGUUAACUGUAACGCCGCCCCGCUGGUGUGCGCCGCCGACGCCACCGGCAAGUCGUGCUCGUGGGAUUCGACGCAGUGGGCGCAGUGGGCGCAAAACUCGUUUACUCAGCUCGGAACAACGAAGACGUGCGAGACGUCGGUGAACGUGUGCGAGCAGGUUGAAGCCGCGAUCGAGCUCGCGGCGAAAGACGAAGACGUCGCCGGUCGCAUCGCCGCGCGCGUCGUCACCGGCUCGUGGACCGCCGAUAACGUCCACACCAAACACCUCGCGAGCGCGUCGGCGCCGACGGUUCAAUUCGUCACCGCCGACCCCUCGACGAACAAGCUCGUCGCCGGCGAUACCCCCGUCGCGUGGACGCCGCUCACGGACACGUCCACGUGCGGCGCGUGCGGCUACGUCGAUCCGGCGACGGCGCUGACGUUCGCCAAGGCGACCGCCGCGGCGAACGGGGGUGCCGCGGUGAAGGGGUACCUCGUGCCGCCGGAUGCGGACGGAAAGUACCGGGGGUUGCGAGGCGGCGUCGCGAUCGGCGGCGUCUACGCGGACCUUCAGGCGACGCACGAGAUUGGCGACGAGUGGCACACGCGCCGGGGGUUCGUGCCCGCGUUUUAUGAAGCCGGGUUCUGGCCGUGGGAGCCGCAGUGCGACGGCACGAGCUCCAACGUCACCGUCGCGAUUGACCCCGCCACGUACGUGCCAAACUUUCCGGCGUUUGACGCUCGCGGCGCGCAGACGCCCUUCGUCAACGUCACCGCGCUCGGGACCUUUUCCGUCGUCGAGGCGUACGAGAGCGCGUGCGACUUUGACGGUGCCGGGGUGGGCGCGGCGGCGGCGGCGGUGACGUGCCGCGUCGCCGCGCUCUCGGGUGUCGACGUGGCCGUCGCGUACACGCCGGUGGCGGGCGAGGACCUCGGGGCUUGGCGCUUGGUCUCCGUGGCGGCGUCCUACGGCGGAAACGGGGGCGAAAACGACGUGUUCGUCGGCACCGAGGCGGCGGCGGUGGCGAAGUUCACGGGCGGGGUCACCAGGUCGGUGCGGGUGACGCUUCGGGACGCGGGAGCUCCGGAAACUUCGAGCUUUCCGCCGCUCGGGACGCCCGGUAAGAUUUACGCGGCGAUGGCGUUUUUUCUCGCCGCGCUGUUCACCGCGCCGAUACACCCGUACCUGAUGAGCUCGUACGUUAAAUACAACGUGGCGGUGAACGAGGGGAAGCCGCCGCCGGGGUGGCAGGCCAUGCGACGCUUCCGGGGCUGGUGAGCGUCUGUACCAUUUGUGAUAAUAUUAGUAAACCUU